AUGCCCCUACCAGCUGAAGAUGCCAGUGCUCGACCCAGACGAAGGCAUGGGAGACGGCAGAGUCGGCAACCGGAGACGUCUACUUUAGCCUGUGGAUGGUCAUGCUCCAGAGCCUUGCUGAUCAUUGCUGUCCUAUCGACUAUUCUGCUUGUCGCAAGCACCUACUCUCAGGCUGAUGCUUCUUCUUUGAUGAGCCUCUACCUGCAAUCUGCUGCUGCAGAUCGAUUCCUUGGCCGUCCAGCCCUGGAAGGUCGCAAUGCGACAACAGACGCAGACAGAACAAUAUCUACGCCAGCUCCAACCACACCAGCUGCGACAUCCGUGCCACCUCAGACGACUGCUGCUCCAGUUAGAGAGCCUGUGGCAACGACCAGAGCGUCUGGAGCUCCUUCCACGACACUUCCGACACUUCAGACUACGCUUCAGAGCUCACAAGCCGAUGGCCCUGUGAUGCAGGUCACUGAUGGGUCUGGACGUUUGGGCAACAACUUGGCCUUCAUCCUUCGCCACUGGGCAAAAGAAAUGAACACAGGACACUUUACUGCAUUAUAUUUUCAGGAACAGGAACUACACGUGCCUGCAGGUGGAAUUAUUUAUGCAAAGCUCACUCAUCAUGUGGCGGUUCAAUUCAGCAUUACCAGCAAGUCCGUGAAGGAGCUCUUCGAACCAAAGGCAGUGUUGCAGCUGAGUAGCUCCAAGCUGGAGGGUCAACGUUUCUGUCCAGAGAAGUCUGACAAGCGCCAAGAAGGAAGGCCAAUCUACAACUUCCAGGGCGAGCGAUGCAAGGGCUUGUCAUCUGUUGUGUGCUGCCGCCAUUCUGAAGAUUUGGCUGUGUACUGUGUACCCGCUUCGGUCCUCAGCAUGGCUGCGCCGUCUCGUUUGGCUGCAGCUGCAGAACACAUCAGCAAAGCGGAUGCCUUGCUGAUUUGCACUGGUGCAGGAAUGGGAGUUGAUUCAGGUUUGGGAACCUUCCGCGGGCGAAAUGCUGGUGUGUGGCCUCCACUGAAAGCAAUGCAGAUGGAUUUCAGCGAAAUGUCAAGUCCAGAUUGGUUUGAUACGGAUCCAAGGCUAGCCUGGGCUUUCUGGCGGUUUCGACAUCAAGCGUAUACCCUUGGCGAGCCUCACCGUGGUUACAGCCUUCUUGCGGAAUGGGGAAACAAAAUGAAGUAUGGCUUGUUCUCUGUCACAUCAAACAUUGAUGGGCACUGGGACCGGACUGAAGGAGUUGGUCCAGCAAAAGUUUGGGAACGCCACGGAGCUUUGACUCGCAUGCAGUGCGUGGAGGAUGACGAAAGCAUUUGGCCCACGGAUGCAAAAGACCUGACGAGCAUCGAGGUCCCAGAAUGGGAUUUGCAAGCUGGAGACGAGGUUCUGGCCCUCGUUGCAGGUGCGGAAGUUCCAGCCGUCGUGCAGGAAGAUGGCUGCUCCUUGGCAGUUGAUGGGGAGCCAGUGAGCGCCAAAGCAGUGCGACGUAAAGAUGGGCCUGACUUGCUUCGAAGUCUUCCAGGAUCUCGACUGCCGAGGAGCAGAGAAGGGAAACCUGCACGGCCCAAUGUGUUGAUGUUCAGCGAUUUCGGCGUGAAUAUGAGGAUCAUUAGCGAGCAGGAACAAAGAUUCAAUGCAUGGCUGAAGGAGCUGCCCGAAUCAGCAAAUCUCGUUAUUGUGGAGGUGGGCGCUGGGAAGGCUGUGCCAACAAUCAGAUUCACUUCGGAAAGAAUCAUGGGUCGGUUCCAAGGGGCGUCUUUGAUCCGAAUCAACUGGGAUGACAGCGAUGUCGGACGUCACCUGCAAGAGCGUUCUAUUUCAAUAGGGGGGAUAGGUGCACUUGAGGCUUUGACAAAGAUCAAUGAACUGCUGGAAAGUUGAAAGACUUGAAAGUGGACAAAGUUGAAACUGCUGUACAAAGUCAUUUGCAUCAAUGGUGUGAUUUGCAAAGCGUGAUUUUGAUGCUUCAAACGUAGCAUGAGUGCUUUGAGCACAGCUGCUUGUACAGUGGCAGCCUGCCCUGUGGGGCUUCGGGUUCACUGCUCAUAAUGCAUCCGCCCACAAAAGUCGCAACUGGCCAGUCACGCAACAUUGUUGG